CUUCAUUUUCAAAUAAUCUCUUGGUCAUAAAGAAACCACUUUAAAUUUACAGGUUAUACUCUUGCGAAAACCAGAUGUAUCAGUUACCUGUAUCUAUUCUGCCUGCAUUCCUUUAAUGGAACACAUAAACUGUUUGUCUUGAUUAAAAAUACUAUCAACAACAAUAAAUAAACAUCCACUAACAAGAACUAUUUUUCCUACACAACAUCUCCCACCUGCUGUCAGCACUGAGAAAAUCUAUCUGCAUUCCCUUUGAGGUCAGCCCAGGAAAAAUCAAUUUUACAAGUGCCACACUGUAUGCUCACAUCUCGUGAUGUGUAGGCAGACCACUGCUCCUUUCCAAACCCAGGUUGCUUUGUUGUAUAUUACUGUUAUUCAGCAGGGGUUGUGGAGAGCAGGGUUGGUACUAUACUUUACUGAUGCAGCAAUAUAUAAAUCCAUCCAAUUGUUCACCUUGCUCCUGUGUGAUACAUGCAUGAUUCCUUUUGGGACAAUUUUGAACACAAGUGUAGUGUGUUUUUUCAAGUACUAUAUUUAUUGCAAGUUUCUGUUUAUUCCUAGCAUCCUUCUUUUGGGUUGAAUUCUUGUUGUUACUUGGCCCUGUGAACUUCAUUUCCUCUGCUGCUUUCACACUAUAUGGUUAUGUCCCACUAUCCAUCCACCCUCCUUGUUCUACUCUUCUUAUAAACAGAAGCAUUAAAGAGACAGUUAGUAAUUGAGAACAAAAGGUGACCUUUUGAGCCAUAUGUACUGUAGUGAGUAUUAUUUAAAAAUUGGCAGGUUAGACGUUACUUUUUUUUACCAAGUGUUAUUUUUAUUUUUUUGCAAUUUACAGCAGUUUCUAGACUUGAAACAAAGCAGGCAUUGAUGUUAGUUUUCUCUUUGAAGUUAGGCUGCCUGAGAAGAUGUGUUUCAUUUACCCCAUAAGUAUACACUAACAUUUCAUUGCAUAGCAGGUAAAGAGCAUGCAGCUGGACCCAUUUUUGAUAGUGGUAGAAAAAUAAGUGAGCAGGUUUGCCUGCAGUGCUUUGUAUGGGCAGACAAGCCAUAGCAAAAAGUUGUGGCGGGGUCAGGGGUGAGAUAAAUUCCAAGUGAAUCUGAGGUUAUCUCAGAUGUGAACUUAUUCCCUCUGUCAGCCAGACAGUGGCCAAGAGGGCUCAGUCAUGGGCUUUCCCAUCAAGUUUCAGGAUUGCUCAGCAUUGUCAUCAUCUGAGGUGUCUUGGCUGCAUACAUUUGAAAUCUCCCAUGUGGGGAUUUUAAAGAAAUCUUUGGAAGAGACAGCCACGUGACACAGAUGUUCGCUCAUUUUUUCUUCUGUACUUACACAGAUUCUACUGCAGUGGGGCUCUUCAGCUUGUAAAAGCCCAGGACAAAGGAUAAUAAAGAAAUCCUACCUCAACUGCAUUCCACACAUAAAAAUCUGCACCGGUGGAGGUGACCUACUGUUGCUACUGCCAAAACACAUCAUCCACUGACUCACUGCACUUACAUCCACUGUUUGUUCUCCAGAAAUGUUCAGCGAGUGUCCUUUAAUGUCAGUGGUCACAUUUUUUUCUGCAUGGAGUAAUUUCAUUACACAUAAUUGCUUCAUAUGCACUUCCAUGUCAGACUCCAUUUUGUCACACUGUCUUUCUGUUGCUAUCUGUCGCAUGGCAACGAAACAGAAUACAUGUCAGUCUCUACUGUCAUGCCACCAACAUCUGCCUCUGACUUAGCAGGCCAACAUAUUACAAUGGGAGGCAUUACUUUCAGAGCAGCACUUUUAACGCUCUAAUGAUGCUUGGAUUAGCAGGUGUGCAUCAACAGAUUAAUCUCUGCAAUGAAUCUCUCAUGCUAGAAAAGUUGCCUGCCUGUGGAAAGUUCUUUGAAGAGAAGAUGAAAAAAGUGGACUCCAAAAAAUGGUGCAACCUGACAGAAUUUAUCAUGUAUUAUAAUAAUUUCACCCAGUGCACAGAACGUGAAGCCAACAAUGCAAGUUGCUUCUGGCCAAACCCUCUUGCAGAGAGCUUUAUCACUGGAAUUCAUAAACAGUUCUUUUCAAACUGUACUUUGGACAGCGUUCACUGGGAAGAUCCGCCAAAUGAAAUUCUCAUAACUCUGAUCUUUGUUCCAGUCAUGUUAACAUGUGCCAUGAUAAUGCUGGUAGUAUGGUGCAGUAAAAGAAGUGAUAUCCUAGUGUAAGUUGUUUCCAGUGUCUUUGUUUUUAGCAUCUCCUUCUUCAAGAAAAAAAAACAAAACCAACCAACCAACCAAACAAACAAACAAAAAAAACCAACAAGCAAAGAAAGAAGGAUAAAAAAAGAAACUUCAUGUGAAAAUGUUGUAUCUGCAGAAAUGGAACCUAUGAGAUGCUGUGACAGAGAUGAUGCUUCUGUGAACAAACAGCUGCUUGCUUCUGCCAAAAGUCAGUGCUUCUGAGGUUGGUCAUCGGUGUUCCUGGUGCAAAGCUUUUCACUGUCGUUGGGUCUCAUAGUCAUAGAAUUCACAGGCAUUUCUCAGAAUUAAGGUAGUCCUGAGACAAGUGGGCCCCUCGGCUGCAAGAGAGGUGAAGUUACUUUCCCAUAGGUAAAGUUGGUUGGUAAACCCAGUUUUGGAAAACUGCAUGUAAGUGUAUAUAUGCACAGUGCAGCAUUAACUGUGAGAAAGGUGUUAUCACUUGAGUUUCUGUGCAGCACUCAUGUGGUUUUCAUCUGUGAACCUUGUUAACACAGAUGUAAGACCAUCAGCAAAGAAACUGAACAUGGAUGUGCAACCAAGUGACCACUUCUUAUGAAAGUUAGAGCAAAACAUCAUUAUCAAGAACUUGGCAAAAGGAACAAUUAAUGUGUCCAGUACAACAUGGGAAAAGAUCCUGCUGCAUUAUAAAAUAGGUUAGGAAAUACCUUUGAGCAUAGUUGGGAUUGUAUGGCUUACAAACAAACUCUGGAAGGAAUACAGACCUUACUUUACAGAAAAUCCGUGAGAGGAAAAGGAUUGAUUAUAAGGGAAGAAACUUUCAUAUACCAGACUAUUUAUUUUUGUCUUUUGUAAUUAUUAUACUUGAUGACUUGAGUUCACUGUAUACUCUCUGCUCUCACUUCAAUUUGUGCAAGUGACAUCCUUCAAAUAAAUAUAAAGAUGUGAUGUUGAUUGAGGUGCCUUUUAGAGAGUAAUUUUGUACAUAAUUUGUUUUUCAUCCUUUGAAGAAUGUGGGAAAUAAGUACGGAUAUCAAGGAGGUAUGAACAUAGCUUGGAACAGACAUAGGAGGAAAGUGAAAAAAAAUCUACUCAGAAGUCUUUUUCUAUAAAGCUAUCCUAAUGUUACAAUUUAAAUAAACUUCAUAUGUCCAAAAUAAAACAAAUUCCUUGUUUGUAUUAUAAA